ACUCUUUAGCGGCCACGAGUACCCUCAAGAGCGUCAAAACCUUUCCCUCCGUUUUCCUUCUCGCACCUCACUCCUCACUUCUCACCCGUUUCCUCAGCUAAAAGUACUCCGGCUCAGCCUCACCACCGAUAGCAACCGGCGAUCAGCGCCUGCGAUCGAUUCCUCUCACUUGCCUUCGCUUCAAUUGACAAUUUCAUGCCUCUACUUAUGUAUCAUAGUUUCUGCGCUAUAUAGAGUUUCUGUAAUCAUAAACUAAAGAGGAAGAACCGAAGAUGAGUACCGUCGAUAAGAUGCUUAUAAAAGGAAUCCGGAGUUUCGACCCGGAGAACAAAAACGUCAUCACCUUCUUCAAGCCUCUAACCCUAAUCGUCGGCCCCAACGGCGCUGGCAAAACUACGAUUAUAGAGUGUUUAAAGCUUUCUUGCACAGGAGAGUUGCCUCCAAAUGCGAGGUCUGGCCACAGUUUUGUUCAUGAUCCCAAGGUUGCGGGGGAAACAGAGACAAAGGGGCAAAUUAAGCUACGAUUCAAGACUGCAGCAGGGAAAGACGUGGUUUGCAUAAGAUCAUUCCAGCUAACACAGAAGGCAUCAAAAAUGGAGUAUAAGGCUAUUGAGAGUGUACUUCAAACAAUAAAUCCACAUACUGGAGAGAAAGUUUGCCUUAGCUAUAGAUGUGCUGACAUGGAUCGAGAAAUCCCUGCUUUAAUGGGUGUCUCAAAGGCCAUUCUAGAAAAUGUUAUAUUUGUUCACCAAGAUGAAGCUAACUGGCCUUUGCAAGAUCCUUCCACAUUAAAGAAGAAGUUUGAUGAUAUCUUCUCUGCCACACGAUACACAAAGGCAUUGGAGGUUAUUAAAAAACUUCACAAGGAUCAGGCUCAAGAGAUAAAGACCUACAAACUUAAAUUAGAAAAUCUUCAGACCUUGAAGGACUCUGCAUAUAAGCUUCGGCAAAGCAUUGGUCAGGAUGAAGAAAGAACAGAAUCUUCAAAAGUCCAAAUACAAGAUGUAGAAAAUAAAGUUCAGAAUGUUGAUGCAAAAAUCCAUCAAAUUGAAACAACUCUGAAAGAUUUGAGAAAACUACAGGAGCAGAUAUCAACAAAAACUGCUGAAAGGAGAACUUUGUUUAAGGAGCAGCAGAGACAAUAUGAAGCUCUUGAGGAGGAAAAUGAAGAUACUGAUGAAGACCUGAUGAAAUGGAAAACCAAGUUUGAUGAACAUGUUGCAUCUUUGGAAUCUAACAUUGGCAAGUUGGAGAGGGAAAUGAAUGACAUUGAGACAAAAAGUUCUCUUCAUAGGCAGAGCAUUACAGAGUAUAUCCGAGAGAGUAGCAAGCUUCAGACUGAAGCUGAAGCUCACGGUUCCCAGAAGAAUGAAAGGGAUUCUACUAUCCAAAAACUUUGUGCAAGACAUAAUUUAGGGUCUCUUCCACAUACCCCUUUCAGCGAUGACGUUGCUUUGAACCUUAUGAAUAGACUAAAAUCAAGGUUGAUAGAUCUCGAGAAGGAUUUGCAAGAUAAAAAGACAUCAAAUGAUAUUGAAGUUAAGACAGCAGAGAAUCACUAUUGGGAUGUAAAUGACCGUUGGAAAAACAUUGAGGCUCUGAAGCAUGCUAAAUUAGAGAUAAAGAACGGCAUUGUGAAUCGCAUGAAAGAUAAGGAACGUGAACUUGCUUCACUUGAAGAACAAAUUUCACAUAUUAAUCUUUCUCAUAUGGAUGAAAGAGAAAAAAACUUGCAAAUUGAAGUUGAGAGAAAGACAAAGCAGCUUGCUGAAAGAGAGUUUGAAUCAAACAUUCGUCAAAAGCAAAGUGAGCUGUAUGGGAUAGAGCAACAGAUUAAGGCACUCAAUCGCGAGAAAGACAUCUUGGCUGGAGAUUCUGAGGACAGAGUGAAACUGUCCCUGAAGAAGGCAGAGUUGGAGAAUCACAAGAAGAAGCACAGAAAAAUAAUUGAUGAAUACAAGGAUAGAAUCAGAGAAGUGCUAAAAGGGAGGCUUCCUGCUGAUAAGGAUAUGAAGAAGGAAAUUACUCAAGCCUUAAGGGCUCUUGGAAUUGAAUUUGAUGACUUGAAUUCAAAAUCUCGUGAAGCUGAGAAGGAGGUAAAUGUGUUGCAGAUGAAAAUACAAGAUGUUAACAAUAACCUGUCCAAACUUCGCAAGGAUAUGGACUCAAGGAAGAGAUUCAUUGAAUCCAAACUCCAAUCCUUGGAUCAACAAUCUUUUACCAUUGAUUUGUACCUCAAAGUUUUGGAGUCUGCAAAGGAGAAAAAAGAUGUCCAGAAAAGCAAGUACAAUAUUGCAGAUGGUAUGCGGCAAAUGUUUGAUCCUUUUGAAAGGGUUGCCCGUGCUCAUCACAUGUGCCCUUGCUGUGAGCGCCCUUUCUCUGCUGAAGAGGAAGAUGAGUUUGUUAAAAAGCAAAGAGUGAAGGCUGCAAGUUCUGCUGAGCACAUGAAGGUGUUGGCUUCAGAGUCCUUAAAUGCAGAUUCUUAUUUUCAGCAGCUGGACAAGCUUCGUAUUGUUUUUGAGGAAUAUGUCAAAAUUGGCAAGGAAACAAUUCCUCUUGCAGAGAAAAAUUUGCAUGAACUUACUGAACAGCUGGAUGAGAAAUCUCAAGUCCUUGAUGAUGUGUUGGGUGUUUUAGCUCAAAUAAAGGCUGACAAGGACUCAGUUGACGCCCUGGUGCAACCUGUUGAAACUGCUGAUAGGCUUUAUCAAGAAAUCCAAACGUGGCAAAAGCAAGUUGAUGAUUUGGAGUACAAGCUUGACUUUCGGGGGCAAGGUGUCAGAUCUAUGGAAGAAAUUCAGUCAGAACUGAGUAGUUUGCAGGGCACAAGGGAUGCUUUGCAUACUGAACUGGAGAAGUUAAGGGAAGAUAGGAGGUACAUGGAAAAUGAUUUGUCACACAUUCAACUACGUUGGCAUGGUCUAAGGGAGGAGAAAACUAGAAUAGGUAACACCUUGCAUGAUCUAAAAAAGGUGGAAGAGGAGUUGGAACGAUUAUCUGAGGAAAAAAACCAAGUUGAGCUUGAUGAGAAGCAUUUGGAAGAGGCUCUCGGCCCUUUAUCUAAGGAGAGAGAAAAAUUACAGAGUUACUGCAGUGAAUUGAAAGUGAAACUUGAGAAGGAAUACGAGGAGCAGAAAAAACAAUUAGAUGACUAUCAGUGGGAAGUCAGCGCACUUCUUAAGACUAAUUCUAAAAUUAAGGAGUAUAAUGAUUUAAAGAAAGGGGAUAGAUUGAAGGAGGUGCGAGAAAAACUCUCUCUAUUAGAGUCUCAGCUUCAAAGUUGUGAUAAAAGGAAGGAAGAGAUUUUAGCUGAAUUAAACCGAAGUAAAGAUGUUUUAAGGAGCCAAGAUUCCAUAAAAAGAAAUAUUGAGGACAACUUGAAUUACAGGAAAACUAAGGCUGAAGUGGAUAAGCUUACCCAGGAGAUUGAAUCUUUGGAAGACAGAAUACUGAAGAUUGGCAGGGUUUCUACAUUUGAAGCUGAACUUGUCAGAUAUUCACAAGAAAGAGAGAGACUUCUUUCAGAGUUGAACAGGUGCCGUGGUACAAUGUCAGUUUACCAGAGUAAUAUUUCAAAGAAUAAGAUUGAUCUUAAACAGGCCCAAUACAAGGACAUUGACAAGCGGUACUUCGACCAGCUAAUUCAGCUUAAGACGACUGAAAUGGCAAACAAGGACCUGGACAGAUACUACAAUGCAGUUGACAAAGCACUUAUGCGGUUCCACACCAUGAAAAUGGAGGAAAUAAAUAAAAUCAUUAGGGAAUUGUGGCAACAAACAUACAGAGGACAGGAUAUAGAUUACAUUAGCAUUCAUUCGGAUUCAGAAGGUGCUGGGACUCGAUCUUACAGCUACAAGGUUCUAAUGCAGACUGGAGAUGCAGAGCUAGAAAUGAGAGGAAGGUGCAGUGCUGGUCAGAAGGUCCUUGCCUCUCUUAUCAUUCGGUUGGCUUUAGCAGAGACAUUUUGCCUUAACUGUGGAAUACUAGCUCUAGAUGAGCCUACAACGAACUUGGAUGGCCCAAAUGCCGAGAGUCUUGCUGCAGCUCUUCUUAGAAUUAUGGAGGAUAGAAAGGGGCAGGAGAAUUUUCAACUGAUAGUGAUUACUCAUGAUGAACGUUUUGCCCAUCUGAUUGGUCAAAGGCAGCAUGCAGAACGAUACUAUAGAGUCACUAAAGAUGAUCAUCAGCAUAGCAUAAUUGAAUCUCAAGAGAUUUUUGAUUGACAAUCGAAAAUGAGGCAGAAGCAUCCUUUGUUCAGAAGGAGAAAGACUUGGAAUGUUCAAUCUGAAAUUGAAAAAAUUUCCAGAAGUCAGUUUUUUGUAUAUAAGCAACGGGUAAAUUAAUUAUGAUACAUCAUUUCCCUCUUCUUUCCCUUGGUUUCUUUUCUUUUAUUGAAAACCUCUCUAUAUGAAAGCCUUGUUUAUUGCUUGGAUGAAGUCCUCCAAGCCAAAAGCAUCUAACCUUUGGUUGUUGUAAACGGUGAUGUAGUGCACUCUGUUUUAAUAAUGAGUAUUGAUCAAAGCA